CGCCGGACUGCUCUUUGUGGAGCUUGCUGUCCUUUUGUGGGAGGCCGGUCCGCUCACUCGUGGGUCGUUCUGAGCGUCGGCCGAUCUUUUCCUUCUGUCCCUGGCCCUAUCUGCUAGCCGAGCUCCCUUCUCGCUGGCUCCGGCCGGCGGACCUGAGGCCUGGCCUCGGCCCCCGCGCUCGGGUUCUCCCGGGGUCGUGUGUGACAGCGUGCGAUGGGGCCAGGGGUGAGCCCCGUGUGGGGUGCGGGCGUGUCAGCGGAUGGCUGUCAUGGGGGCGAGCCCAGGGUGGGGUGCGGGGCGUUAGCGGAGCCCGCCUGAGCCCGACCGCAGCCGGGGCGCGGGGAGGGAGCUCCGAGCGUGCGGUGGUGCAGCCGGGAGCGCGUGGCGACGCGCCAGGCUCCCCGACAGGCCGCUGUCCCUGAGCCCCGGGAGCAGGGCUCGCUCCUCUGAGCCUGACUUGGGGACCAGGAGGCUACGGAGCUGCCACUCCUCGGGUGGGACGCCAGCGAGGGGGCCAUGGAGACCUCUGCCCGGAAACCGGCGGAGACAGCUCUUCUCUCUCAGAAUCGAGCUCUUUCUCUCAAAGAGAAACCAGGGGAUAUAUCCAGGAGGGGUCAUCUGGAAGCCAGGUCCGAGGAACUGGUGACUUUCAAGGAUGUGGCUGUGGAUUUCACCCAAGAGGAAUGGGGUCAGCUGGACUCCCCUCAGAGGGCCCUGUACCGGGAUGUGAUGUUGGAGAACUACCAGAACCUUCUUGCCCUCGGGCCUCCAGUCCACAAGCCAGACGUGAUUUCCCAUCUGGAACGAGGUGAGGAGCCGUGGCAGGUGCAGAGGGAAGUCCCUGGAGGGCCUUGUCCAGAGUGGGAGCCUAGGCCCAAGACGAAGGAGGCGUCCUCUCUCCAGCAGGACGUUUGCAAAGAAGAACCGUCCCUGGAGCUGACUGUGCCUGGCCUUCUCAGCGCCAGCUGGAGCGAGGCAUGGACUGGGGACAACCCGGUGAAUGCUCUGCAGCAGAGCCCAGCCAUGCCCUGGCUGGGAGCAUCUGCCACCCCCGGGGACAUCCCUAUGGAGCCAGGCCCCGGGGAGUCCGAGGAAAAAUGCCCCCUCGGGUGUGCCGUCUUCGUGCAGCACAGCCUUCCUCCAAGAGGACACUCUCGGGGCACACAGAGUGAGGACGUCCCGUCCGCUGAGGAUGGAAGCAGAGCUGCCCGGAGGACAUGUGCCGGGGAAAGCUCUUUCAACUCUGGCGAGCCCAGGAAGUUCCUGGGCGCGCACCAGCGCGCUGCUGAUGGCGCGGCGUGCGGGGAGCGCGGGGAGGCCCUGGGGCAGGGCACGGUGCGGGCGGUGCCGCGGCGCUGGCCGGGCAGAGAGGGGGCGCGCGCGUGCGGAGAGCGCGGCAGGGCGUCUCCGUGGGGCGCGGGCUUGUUGGGGCACCGGCGCAGCCGCCCCGGCCAGAGGCCCUUCUUCUGCGGCCAGUGCGGCAAGGCCUUCAGCUGCCACUCGUCCCUCAACGUGCACCAGCGCACCCACACGGGGGAGCGGCCCUACAAGUGCGGCGCCUGCGACAAGGCCUUCAGCUGCAGCUCGCUGCUCAACAUGCACCUGCGCGUGCACACGGGCGAGAAGCCCUACCAGUGCAGCGAGUGCGGCAAGGCCUUCAACCAGCGCACGCACCUCACGCGCCACCACCGCAUCCACACGGGCGAGAAGCCCUACAAGUGCGGCGCCUGCGGCAAGGCCUUCACCUGCCACUCGUCCCUCACCGUGCACGAGAAGAUCCACAACGGGGACAAGCCGUUCAAGUGCGGCGAGUGCGAGAAGGCCUUCAACAGCCGCUCGCGCCUGACGCUGCACCAGCGGACGCACACGGGCGAGAAGCCCUUCGCCUGCGCGGACUGCGGCAAGGCCUUCAGCUGCCACGCCUACCUCGUGGUGCACCGGCGCAUCCACAGCGGCGAGAAGCCUUUCAAGUGCAACGAGUGCGGCAAGGCCUUCAGCUCGCACUCCUACCUCAUCGUGCACCAGCGCGUGCACACCGGCGAGAAGCCCUUCGACUGCAGCAGGUGCUGGAAGGCCUUCAGCUGCCACUCGUCCCUCAUCGUGCACCAGCGCGUGCACACCGGCGAGAAGCCCUACAAGUGCGGCGAGUGCGGCAAGGCCUUCAGCCAGAACCACUGCCUCGUCAAACACCAGAAGGUUCACUCUGGGAACAAGGUACUCAAGUGCGACGAGUGCGGCGAGGUGUUCAGCUGGAGCGCGCACCUGCGGGAGCACCGGAGGCUGCAUGGCCAGGGGAGGCCCUUCGCCCUCCAGUUCAACGAGCACCUGCUGAGCACCUACUACGUGCCUGUGCCGGGCAGUCUGCUGGGCGCCGGGGAUGCGGUGGCCGGGGACGGGGACCCGGUGAACGCGCUAGAUGUGGCCAAGCUCUUGUGCGUGGUCCAGCCCCCAGCCAGCAGGAAUUUCCCCCUGGGAGCAAACCUCAGCGACUGACGUGAUGUCACCACUUCCCAACAAGGAAAGCACUCUCCCUCAUUCCUGGCCACGCAGGUUCAGACCACCUGUUACUCCAGGAGCGUGAGCCUUGCCUUGUCCCCAGUCAGGGGGACUUGCCAGGGUACCCUGCAAGGGUACACUUUGGCGGGGGUGGGGGGGUGGUAAGGACCAUUUCAGGAAGUCCUGUCACCUGUUUCCUUACUGGGCCUGGAAAUCAUUGACAAGGAAAUCUUUCCUACAGAUUAGAAAAAAAAAAAAAAGUCUUUCAGCUGUUGUGUCCUUGGACAGGCAUAGUUCGAUCUGGAAUUUCCUCUGUAAACUGUUACAUGCAGAGUAAUAAUAAAAUAGAAAAUCAUAAACAGUUUUACUUUUCAGUGAACUCGGUUAUAUUUCUGGAGGGGAAAAUAAGCUCAGAUGGUGGGCAUUUGGAAAAAAGUGAAUUUCCUGGACUUACCUCAUGUACACAUCUCUACUGCAGAGCCAUCCUUGAAGCCAACGCAGUGAGGGGUGUCCCAGCAGUGGUGGCAGCAUGGCCCAGCGUCAUUGUAGCCAGGACCUGACGUGCUAACAACGCACCUUGCCACUUAGUCCCUGGUGAAAAAUUGGGAGCGCCCAGGUGUGCGGGGAAUAGGUCUGGAAGCGUCCCUCCCCUGACUGGGGCUGGACUAGGCAGGGCCGUUCCAGACUGGUGCUCAUACCUGCAGGGCCUCUCUUCCUGCCAUAUAGCUGGGGCAUCAGCCCCACUAGUGGGGGGUGGGGGGGCUCCACAGUGCUCCCUAGAGGAGGGAGCCAUAGCCCAGGGAGAUAGUGGACUCCUCAGUGGUCCCAUGGGGGACUGUUGCACAUCCCCAAAACAGGCGAACUUCCCCAUCCCUACACUCUCCACAGAGAUUGGAAGCCAGAGUUAAUAAACAAGAAUAAGCUGCCCUCUCAGUGAUAAUAUUUCACAUUUAUAUAGAGUGCUGUAGUUGAUGAAAUAUUUUCAAUAUGUUUUUUAAAAUAUGAAAACCACACUUCAGAAAAUGUGGACUUAAGAAAAACUCCCAUAUUUCUUAAUAAAACUGCAUUCUGCACUUUGAUCCAUAACCUUCUGUUUUGUUCAUAUUAGAGUUUUACGUCAAACACGGUGUAUCUAUCAUUUUUAUCUUUUCUUCCCCCUUAACUGCAUAGCAGAGUUUUUUCCCCAAGUAGCUGACCUGUCCUUGCACUUCUACAUGGAGGCACAGAGUUCCGUCUGGUCUGUUAGGAUCUCUUGUUAGACGGUGAAGUUAUUUCCAUGUUUUUCAUUGUCAUAAAUCACCCCUUACUGAGCAUCUUUUUGCAUUAAACUUCUUUGGUGUUUUCUUGGGUUUCCAGAAAUGAAAAUUUUAACAUAAAGGAAAUGAACAUCUUUGGGAAUUAUUUUGGUAUUUUUUAGUAUGUUUCAUUAAUAAGAGAUCAAUCACUGGCUCAGUGCCUGUAGCUCAGCAGCAAGGGUGCCAGCCAUAUACUGGUGGAUUCAAAUCUAGCCUGGGCCCACCAAACAAUGACAACUACAACCAAAAAAAAUAUCCGGGCGUUGUAGCAGGUGCCUGUAUUCCCAGCUACUUGGGAGGCUGAGGCAAGAAAAUCGCUUAAGCCCAAGAGUUUGGGGUUGCAGUGAGCUAUGACACCACAGCACUCUACCCAGGGCAACAGCUUGAGACUCUGUCUCAAAAAAAAAAAAAAAAGAUUAAUCACCAAUAUUUAUCAGGCAGGAAAGUCCUCUGCUUGUCCAUCUCCUGGAGACAGUCAGAAGUUGGGUGUCCAAGCCAGGCACAGUGGCUCACGCCUGUAAUCUUAGCACUCUGGUAGGCUGAGGCAGGAGGAUCCCUGGAGCUCAGAAGUUCGAGACCAACCUGAGCAAGAGUGAGACCCUGUCUCUACUAAAAAUAGAAAAAUUAGCUUGGCAUUGUAGUGGUUACCUGUAGUCCCAGCUAUUUGGAAGGCUGAGGCAAGAAGAUUGAGCCCAAGAGUUUGAGAUGACUGUGAGCUAUGAUGACGCAGCACUCUACUGAGGGACAGAGUAAGACUCUGUCUCAAAAAAAAAAAAAAAAUGGGCUCGGUACUCAUACCUCAGUGGCUAGGAUGCUGGCCAUAUACACUGGGGCUGACGAGUUUGAACCCAGCCAUGGCCUGCUAAACAACAAUGACAACUGUGACAAAAAAAUAGCUGGGCAUUGUGGUGGGCGCCUGUAGUCCCACCUACUUGGGAGGCUGAGGCACAGAAUUGCUUAAGCCCAAGAGUUUGAGGUUGCUGUGAGCUAUGACGUCACGGCACUCUGCCGAUGGCAACCAAGUAAGACUGUGUCUCAAAAAAAAAAAAGGUUGGGCGUGCAGAUGACCUUUGGUCAGUGCUCAGGGACAUGUUCAUGGUCAUUGGUGUACGUUGCUCCAUUGCUUUCCUCAGGGGUGUCUAGGAGCUGGCCUCUCAUAAUACUGACCCUGGGGCCCCAUCAUGACAGCUGUGGGACCUUUCAUGACUGUGUUGGUAAAAGACAAAUAUAAUCUAGGUGUGUUGGUUUGUUUAUAAGAUACGGCCUCACUCUGUUGCCAGGGGUAGAAUGCAGGGCUGUCAUUAUCCCUCUCUGCAGCCUCCAACUCCUGGGCUCAAGUGAUCCUCCUGCCUUGGCUUCCAAAGUGCUAGGAUUAUAGGCAUGAGCCACCACACCCAGCCUGUAGUCUACAUUUGAUUCAUUAUCAUCAUAUUCAGUUUUCUUCCUGGUUUAAAAAAAAUUAUUUUCUUGGGCCCUGGACACUGUGCCCUCUGUCUGCCCUAGAAUGCUUUUAACUUCAUGAACUGAAAGUGGUGUCUUAUUAUUUUACUUUGUGCCUUUGAUAAGUAAUGAGGUUAAGUACUAGGUGUGUUUUUAUUGUUACUCUUCUUAAAACAUAUUUGAAGAUGUGCUUUGUCCUUCUUUCUGUUGGACUCUUGAUGCUUUUUAAUUUACAUAUUAACAACCUUUUCCCCUUAUUCUAUGAGUGAUAUAUGUAUAUCAAAGAAAUAUGGGGGGGAAUCGCAAAAUUAAAAGAAUAAAAAUCAUCCUCUGUAUCAGUUUAUGGCUUAUUACCUGGAAAUAAGUACUAGGAACAUUUAAGUGUGUUUCCUUCCAGUUUUUUUCUAUGCAUGUUUAUAGAUACUUUUACUUUUAAAAGAAAAUUAGAUUUAUACUCUAUUUUUAUCCUUUUUCACCUAACAUUUUAUGACAAGCAUUUUCUGUGUUAUAAAAUAUUUUUUGAAAACAUUAUUGGUGGCUACAUCAUUUUCUGUCAUAUACUU